CUAAAAAUCAAAACAAAAACAAACAGCGGACUGACAAUUUUUUUUUUUUGCUCACAAUAAUAUUAAAAUUAAACAUAAAAGUUACAAUGACAACCACAUUAGAAGAAACAACGGAAAAUGAAACUAGACACCAAGAUAAUCCUACAGAAACUGCCUGCCAGGAUUCAGCACCAGACACAACUGCUCCUUUGCCCCAAGAAAUUAUGAAUAUAAUGGAUUUCUUAAGCUUAAAUGCAAAAAUCAUGUUUAAGUCCCAACAACGAGAUGAACCCGAGUUGCAACAAUCAGAAAAACUAAAAGUAGCAUUAGAUGUUUAUCAAAGAAAUCCGCAAACGUUUCUUAUACGUUUUGGUCAAUAUUUAGAAGAAAAACAUUUACAAGAUUUUGCUAGACUCUCGAUAGCCGAUAGUGACGAAGAAAUGCAUCUAAUGGUAAAAGAAUAUCAGGAAAAAUUAAAAACACGCCAGAGGGACGUCAAAAAUAGACGUUACGCCGCUUUACAAAAACUUAUAAAAGAAGGUGAGUAUUUUAGUGAACAAGAAAUGAUGAAACGGCAGCCGGAAUUGUAUCAGGAGCUGGUAGGACAAUAUUUGAGUAGCAAAGAAAAACAACAACGAGAUAGUUACGAUGUUAGAAAUACCACAUUUUCUGGCAUACUCAUGCACAAUCUAGAGCAGGAACAAUUGAAUGAGGUAAUGAAAAAAGCAGAGCAGCAUGUACAAGAAAAUUUCCAACUCUCCUCAACAACGGAGGAGCAACAUGUGGAAAAGGGUAUUUUAGAUAAUUUCGAAAAAGAAGAUGAGGAAAUUCCUAUCAAUUGCCGCCAACAGUGGGGUAAUUUUGAUAAUGAACAAAUUGCCUGUUCCACAAGUAAAAUACAGUUAAAAAAGUCACCUGUUAAAAGGAAGUUAAGUACUACACCACCACCUCUGAAGGAUUUAAUAACAGCCGAUGAGAGAGAACUUUUAAGGCAAGAAUUUAUAAGUCAAAUGCAUGAACAAUUUCUAACGGGACAAGAUGAGGAUUUCGACUAUACCAAUGUUGACGAUAAUACUCAGUUCGAUGAUUUAACUUUAAUAAAUCAAGACAAAGAAGAUAAGUAUUUCGAAGAAAGUGAUGAGGAAGAUGCAGAUGAUGAUGGUGAUGAGGGAAACGUUGAAGGAAGUGCAUCUAACAAAAUGGAACAAGAUGAAGAAUCCGAAGAUGAAUUAGAUAUUUAUAUGUCACAUUUGAAUAAACACCAUAGUCUACAAAGGCAUAAUUAAAUUUUAAUUUUAACUAAGAA